GCUGGCUGGCCGCGGCCGAGCGGGUCGAGGCUGGGCCCUACGCAUUUUGCGUAGCGAGAGGGGUACCAAAGGCCUGGUGCUUGGCCUUGAGCAAGCCCGGCCUAUCCCCUGCUGGGGUGGGUGGGUGAAGAACGAGGCUGAGGAAGGAGAAGAGGGCAAUUGGGGCAGUGCAGGGGAUUGCAGUUUUUCUUUUUAAGAGAAGCCAUGGCUGUGCCAGCCAAGAAGAGGAAGAUGAACUUCUCCGAGAGGGAGGUGGAGAUCAUCGUGGAGGAGUUGGAGCUGAAGAAGCACCUGCUGGUGAACCACUUCAACGCCGGGGUCCCCCUGGCUGCCAAGAGCGCAGCCUGGCACAGCAUCCUGCGCAGGGUCAAUGCCGUGGCCACCUGCCGCAGGGAGCUACCUGAGGUCAAGAAGAAGUGGUCAGACCUCAAGACCGAGGUCCGGCGCAAGGUUGCCCAGGUCCGAGCUGCCGUGGAGGGCGGCGAGGCCCCCGGGCCCACUGAGGACGAUGGCGCUGGUGGGCCCGGGACAGGCGGUAGCACUGGGGGCGGUGGCCCAGCUGUAGCUCCGGUGCUGCUGACCCCCAUGCAGCAGCGAAUCUGCAACCUGCUGGGCGAGGCCACCAUCAUCAGCCUGCCCAGUACCACCGAGAUCCACCCCGUGGCCCUCGGACCCACGGCCACUGCAGCCGCGGCCACGGUCACCCUGACACAGAUUCCGGCGGAGACCACCUACCACACGCUGGAGGAGGGGGUGGUGGAGUACUGCACGGCUGAGGCUCCCCCACCCAUGGCGGCCGAAGCCCCAGUGGACAUGAUGGCACAGCACGCAGACGCCACAGUCAAGCCGCAGGCCCUCAAGAGCCGCAUCGCCCUCAACUCAGCCAAGUUGAUCCAGGAGCAGCGGGUCACCAACCUACACGUGAGGGAGAUCGCCCAGCACCUGGAGCAGCAGAACGACCUACUGCAGAUGAUCCGCCGCUCACAGGAGCUCCAGGCCUGUGCCCAGGAACGCCAGGCCCAGGCCAUGGAGGGCACACAGGCGGCCCUCAGCGUCCUCAUCCAGGUCCUGCGGCCCAUGGUCAAAGACUUCCGCCGCUACCUGCAGAGCCACACACCCAACUCGGCCCCCACCUCUGACCCAGCACGGGUUGCCCAGAACGGACAGCCGGACAGCGUCAUCCAGUGAGGACAAGAACCCCCUGGCCCCGCCCCCGGCCAGCCCUCUGCUGUGAUUGGAUGAAACCUCUGUGGUCUUGUGAUUGGCAGUCCACGUGGACCGCUCCCUCUUUGCUAGACGCUUCGGGUCCCUGUUUCUGGAAUGUGCAAAGGAGAUCGGAAGAGGAAGUUGUUGGGCCCCUGGUUCCCAGUGCUUGAGCCACCUCGUUAAGAUCCGGAGGGUGUUGUGGCUGGGUGGGGGUGGGGUCACGUCUGUUGUGCAGGGGGUUGUGACUGGGGUUGUCACAAGCCAAGUUGUGGGACUGUCUUGCAGGCCCUCCCUGGAGGCCCUGCCCUGGGCCGCCCCACCCCAGGUGCCGCCCUGUGGGUACAGUCCCCU